UAUAGUAAACCCUUAUUUCUUCCUCUCUUAAAAUUCUCACCCACAUCCAAAACUUUGAUUUUGAGACUAAUCUUAUUCCUUCAAUUCAUACUAAUUCACCCACCAAGCUCCCUAGAGCUUGCUUCUGUCGGAUGCUCGAUUUUCGCCAAGUUUAGGUUAAAUACUUCCUAAUAACUAUAUUAAGGCAAAGAUAAAGUCAUCGAUCAUAAUGGAAGGAGGAGAUAAUCAAAUACAAGCAAAGGAUGAAAGUCUGCCACCAGGAUUCAGGUUUCAUCCAAGUGAUGAAGAGCUGAUUACUUUCUACCUUGUCAACAAGAUCUCAGACGCCACCUUUUCAUGCCGAGCUGUUGCAGAUGUUGAUCUUAAUAAAUGCGAGCCAUGGGAUCUUCCAGGAAAAGCGAAAAUGGGAGAAAAGGAAUGGUAUUUCUUCAGCUUGAGGGAUAGAAAAUACCCAACAGGAGUUAGAACAAAUCGCGCAACCAACACAGGUUACUGGAAAACAACUGGGAAAGACAAAGAAAUCUUCAACAGCGUUACGACGGAAUUAGUGGGGAUGAAGAAGACAUUGGUUUUCUAUAGAGGAAGAGCUCCUAGAGGAGAGAAAACUAAUUGGGUUAUGCAUGAAUAUCGUGUUCAUUCUAGAUCUGCUUAUAGAAGUGCUAAGGAUGAGUGGGUGGUUUGCCGUGUAUUCCAAAAGAGUGCAGGCAUCAAGAAAUACCCUACAACAACAACAACACAAUCAACAUCAACAAGAGCAAUCAAUUUAGAAAUGGGACAAAAUCAUCACAUACUUACAUCCCCUAUGCUCCCUUUAGACCCAACUCACUUCAACCUUGGAAGAACUUACAUGAUGAACAAUCAUGUUGAUCAACUCGCCGAGCUCACACGUGCCCUACGAAGUAAUGGUGGCGCCACUACUGCAAACAUGCCUAUCCAUUCCCAUAUAAACUACCCUCUAGGAGGACAUGGUGGCGGCGGUGGUGGUGGUGGUGGAGGGUUCACCAUCUCUGGCCUUAACUUAAACCUUGGUGGGGCCGGAGGAAGUGUGUCUCAAGGGCCGCCACCUUUAAGGCCUAUGAUAAACCAACAAGAUGGACAACAUGAUGUUACUUCCUCGAUGUUAAGUGGUUUGGAGACUGGUUAUGUUCAACUAGACAUGAACAUAAAUGGGCAUGGUGGGUCAAGUAGUAGGUUCAUGAAUGUGGACAAUUGCGUCGAGUAUGACAACUAUUGGCCUACAUAUUAGGGAAACAAACAACAACAACAACAACAACGAUCAUAUAUGUGUUUUGUCAUAAAUUGAGCUUGAAGCUACAACUGAAUUGAAGGGAAAUGGAGGAGAAAUCUAUAUAUAUAUAUAUAUAUACGCGUAAGUAUUUGUACGUCUAGGAAGAAAUAAGUAGCUACAUCGAUAACAAUCAUAUGGAAGUCAUUUGGUUGUAUUAUCAAUAAGCCAAUAAGCUUAGCUAGCUAGUGCAACUUCAUCAAGUUUGUAGUAUAAUUAUGUUAUGUUUAACUUUAAUUUGUUAGUGUUUUUUAUUUAACUUAUUUAUAUUUUGUUGUUAUAUAGUACAAGGUGGAACGUAAUUCCUCUGAAGCAAUGAAUGUUACAAUUCUCUUCAACGUGGUA